GUCUCGUAUUUGAUGUAUAAUUUUGUGAGAUUUAUGUAGUCCGUUAUUCAUAGUGUGAUUGUUAUCUAGGUUAAAAAUAAAGGAUAAGUGUUGGCACGUUAUACAGUAAUAGUGGCAAGUACAAUUUACCACAUGACCUUCAUCAGCACCCAUCCAUCCUCGGCUCUCUCACACACACACCCUCUCCACCCAGUGUUUUGCUCUGCAGUGCUGAGACUUGCUUCAUCAUCCUGCACCGAAGCACAGUUGGAACAGCACUUUCUGUCAUGCUCCAGCAUCUGUUUCUGUUCAGCGUUCUUGGAGUGCUGCUGAGGCCGGUGUGGUGCGACAGCAUCACAGUGUGUGAGGAAGACGACGGCGACCUGCGGGUGGACUGCCUGGUCAAGGCCGAGCCCAACAAAAUCAGCAGUUAUGAGUUUUCGUGGUCAUCAGGUUCCAAGCAAGCUCUCAUCAACGCCAAUGUGUCCGGCCUGGCGGCUGAGGCAGAGUUCAGAAAAGUGAGUCACGUGACGGAGGUGGAGCCGCACGGCUACAGAUUGACGUUGAGUGGUUAUCGGGAUAAACUGCCGCACAACACCACCUAUAUGUGCAAGAUAACUGGAGAGGGAGCCAGCAUUAACGUGGAGAGAGAUCAUCUUGUUCCAUGCGGAGCUGUCAGCGUGCUUCUGAAGCGCUCCUGGAUAUUCGCCAUGCUGGUUUUUCUCCAAUUACAUGCAUUGACUUAAGUCACCAAUUCUCAAAAGUGUGGUACACGUGCUUUAUGCAUAAGGAUCGCUGAAAUCAACUUUACUGUCUACCGUUACAGUGGUGAAACAUAUUUCAUGCAGUGCACUUUAGUUGUAUUUAACUUUAAACCCUGUUACAAAACAAGCAAAGGAUCUUCUUAAAAGCAUAAAAUUCCAUACAAUAACAUUGCACCAGCUGCAUGCUUCUUAUAUCUUUACAGGCACAAGAGAAUUCACAGCACUGAGUUAUGCAGUAUUUACAGAAUUGUUAAGACGUUUGCUGGUGUUUCCAUGAAGACAUGAGUUUGGAAGCUGCCCUAAAUGUUUUAAAUCAAGCUAAUAAAGAAAUAUUUAACAUU